UAUGCACCCGUACGGAUUCAUCCACUGAGAGUGGGCCUCCGCUGGCAGCUGGCGAACCGAAAGUAAAGGAAAAAACAGACUCUGAAGACUAAGGAGAUUUUCCAUACCUUUGCUGAGUUUGAACUGGGAUUUUCAUUGUGUCGUUUGAUGUGAGAUUUGUGGAUAUUUCAUCCGAAAAAAAUAACUCCUAGUUCAGUGUUGGGCUUAGUUCGCUUGAAGUAAACGAAGAAGUUCAAACAGAUUCAUUCGACGAUUGAUGUUCAAUGUGUAAUAACUUCUCAUAGGAUUACAUCUUGAGGGAUAUUUGCGAGAAAUUUGCGUGAAUAAUUGAGUUGUGUCAGUGGGGAAUGCUGCUGGUGAAUAAAUGAUAGCACUUAGUCUGCAUAGAUCGUAUCGCUGCUGACUCCAACUGGUGGGUGCCAAAGAAGAAAAAACGGAAGGACACUUUCCCAUCCGAUUCCAAUUUAGAGCGGAGAUCGUCAACGAAACCGGACCAGUCCAGACUGGUUUGUGUGUGGGUGCAAAGUGAUAAAGACAUUGAUUUGAUAUUUCCCUUGCGACGAAAAUGAAGAGGAGUUAAGCUCGGUACCUUGGUGAUGGUGAAUUAUUUACUGUCAGCUCUGCAUUACUAGAGAGGCCCGGGUCGUGUGAUGGGAGCAGCAGCAUCUCAGUGAUAACUGAAACCAAACGUGGAUGGUAUUCAAUCUGGUGAAACAUUUUUGCCAUCUGUCAGGAAUUUUCCAUCAAAUCGUAGUCCCAUACUAGUGAUAAAAGUUCGAUUAGGAGGCUUAAAAAGUCGCAUAUAAAUCACAGCUCAGAGGCCACAGAAGCCGAAGUCGAAGUGGUAUGGGAAUUCGGUGGAACGCUAUCCAUUCCGAGGAAUUUGAGAUUUUGACUCCUGUACAGGGGAUCGCAUUCAGAAAUAUGUCCUAGUGUGUGGUACGAGUGGAAAAUCGAAGAAAAAGUACAACCAAUCGAAAGCGAAAACCCGGUGAAAAGUAGAAGAGAAAAUACGAGAAUAAAUAUAUUUUCUUACAUUUCAAUCAAAAGCAACACUUUGCGAUAGCUUCUGCACAAGUGCUCGGGGUUAAACGUAAAUGUGUGCGGGAAGAAAGUAAAAACAGCAGUUCUUAUCGUGGAAGCAAAAACGCUAUCGAACAGUGUUUGAAAAAAAAAAGAAAAACAAGAAAAUAUUGUAAUUGUUAUUGAUCGAGAUAGGGUGAAAAGGCUGGAAAAUAUAUACUAAACCAAAAAAAAUCCUAAACCAAAGUGCGAGCAGCGAAUAGAAAGAAAAAAGGAGCUUAAGAAGUGUGCGGGCUCGAAAGUGAUUUUCCUCCUUAUUGGUCCUUCAGGGUCGUGUCAACAAUACAUUUGCGUGAACGUCGAACCUGUAAUUAAUAAUAAUAGUGUUAUGAAGAAAAACCACCCCAACGUGGCAAAAAGCAAGUGGCGACGAGGUGGCAGAUAAAGUGGCAACAAUUGUGUGCGCUAGUUGUAUACUCACUUUUCCUGUGUGUCGGGAAUUUAUGCUCAGUGAGGCGAAAUCAAGUGUAAAUCUAAAGGAAGAAAAUCAGCGUCACUAGGGAAACCCCGAAGAAUUUCCAAGAAACAGAGCAAUCUAGCCGUGUGGCGAGCGAAUUUCCCUCCGUGCAGUGGCAGCAGCAAGUCAGCAGAGGCAGUGGUGUGAAGACAGUGUUCAACAAGAAGCUAAAAAGGAGGUGAAAAAAGCGAGUUUUUCCCGAGUUCAGCAGCCAGUCGAAGCCGUUCGGUUCAGUGUGUCUGUGCGAGAAAAGUUGGAGAGCACUGGGUUGGUGUUGGUGGCUGCCCCGAGAAGAGUGUAGGAAAGCAUCAUCGCCAGCAUACAGGUUUCCAUCGACCGACGACAACGCGGCAGCAGCCAACCCGUCAGCCCAAGAUCAGUCAAAUCAGGGCAGUGUGUGUAUCGAAGAGAUUCGUGGAGCUCGUGUGAAGAAAUGCCUUGAUGCUGAAAUGCGGCUGUCCAUCAAUGCCCAUCAGAAUGGUCAUUCGAUGCGUAUAAACCAUGAUUGACGAACUAACUUUGCUCGAACAAUCCAACGGCGAUGCGAUUUGGAUUGCCAAGCCAAGCGUCAGUGGAACCGACUUCUGCAACACCGCCAGCUGCUGCUCCGGCUAGAGAUCAUUACUAAGCACUCAAGUACCAUGGAAUGAGAUGGAAACGCUCUCAACUGCCAUAAGAAGCGGACAGCGGAACAAGUUGACAACAUCCCACUAACCGUUGGUCGUCGGAUGGACUUUUUCCCUAACGAGUAUGUUGUUCAUGUUUGGGAUUCGUCGGAAUUGAAACUUGGCAUCGUCGAAGUGCUAGCACGGAUCUUAUGUCGGCUUAACCCGAGAGGGGGAAUUAUUACUCGCUAGAGUGGUGGGGCUUGGUGAAGUUUUGGGGCAGUGGAGAAAAACAAAAUCCCCGCCAGAGCGAUAGCUCGGCAGCUCAGAGCCCAGAAAGUGUAUCCUUCGUGGAAAGCGGCUAAUGGUGGUAGCUAGGACAACUAAUAUGAGGGCUCGUCGUGCCAAAGCCUCUCGGUAACAAGCGUUUUUCUCCUUGCCAUAUAAGUGAAGCUGGGGACGUGGAAAAGAGAGGGGAGUGAAUGGUGAAAAAUUGAAGAUCAAGUGUUGCUAGACGGCUGGUUGGAAGAGAAACUUGCCAGUUGAGAAAUUGGGUGGUGAAGAUUUCGAGAUGAAAGUGAUUAAUCAUCACGGCAGUGGCAUAUGGUUCAAAAAAGCGAUUGGUUCAAAAAACGGGAAAUGCCAGUGAAGAGGAUGGUUUUCUGCUACAUUAACAACAGCUUGAAGUUCUCCAGCAGGAAAGUGCUUCACGGUGAAUAAUUUUCAAUAUCACCACAAUGUUAAUCAGAUCGUGAUGCGUUUAAAUCGUCUAGGUUGAAUGUCUCGAGGACUGUGUGGUUAGUAAGGGGAUUCAAACUUCGCCGACAUCAGCGGAAAUAGCCGGAUGGAUUUGUUCAAGCUUGCUUCGUAGGGAUCCAUCGAGGGAAUUUGCAUUUGACCCUGGGAACAAAAAGCGGCACAAGAAAAAAACAAAUGGAAAAUGUAGUCCGAGCACGUUGAUUUCGUGGAAUUUGCGCUUCUCAUUAUUUCCCAUCUGCAUAGAACCGAACUUAGAGCAAAGCCAUUACCAUUAACAAAGAUCGAAAAGAAUCGCAAAAAUAGGAGAAGCUCCAGCGUACACAAAUCCGAGAUUUUUUGCCGCUUCCUUCUUGUACUUUGAAACCAAAUAUUUUUAGCUUGCCGAACAGAAGCCUAUUAUCCUUUGGACAAAGCCUUCAGAGUCGUUCAUGAAAGGAAUAAUUUUCCUAGGCGGUAAAAGCGAGAGCGGAAAAAUUAUACGAAAACGGUUAUUUAUUUGAACCGACGCGUAGAGAUUUUUUAGUCUCAGCGGGGCACCCCCGGAACGAAUGUCAUAAUUGGAUUUAUUUUGUGCCGAGCAGUGGGGAUACAAUAAGCCCGACAGAGGCGGCCUCCGUCUGCCAUUAGACAACGACGAUCCACAGCAGCAAGGUCACGUCAGAAAUCACAAGAAGAAAAAACGGCAGAACUCAUAUAGCAGCUGCGGUAGACCGUCUUAUCGCACCGGAGGGGGUGUGGAUAUCAUUAUCGUGUCGUUUCUCGUGCUCUAUUGGGGGCCCAUCGAAAAAUUCCACCGAAUAGCAUGGCUUCGGUCGCCGCUUGGUUGCCAUUUGCACGGGCGGCGGCCAUCGGGUGGGUCCCAAUAGCAUCCCAUCCACUACCAGCACCCCCGGUGUUCAAGGACCGCCUCAGAUCAGAAGACGAGAAGCUAAUCAUAAACGUCUCCGGACGAAGGUUCGAAACCUGGCGAACGACCGUUGAGAAGUACCCAGACACACUAUUAGGCUCCAAUGAGAGAGACUUCUUCUACGAUGAAGAUAGCAAAGAGUAUUUUUUCGACCGUGAUCCGGACAUAUUUAGGCACAUAUUAAAUUACUACCGAACUGGGAAGCUGCACUAUCCUCGACACGAGUGUUUGCUCAGUUACGAUGAGGAAUUAGCAUUCUUCGGAAUCAUGCCGGACGUGAUUGGAGACUGCUGCUACGAAGACUACCGGGAUCGGAAGCGGGAGAACGCCGAACGACUGAUGGACGACAAACUGUCGGAGAAUAGUGAUAAUAAUCUGCAACAGCUUACCAACAUCAGACAACGGAUGUGGCGAGCAUUCGAGAAUCCACACACUUCCACUGCCGCCCUCGUGUUCUACUAUGUUACGGGCUUCUUCAUUGCUGUAUCUGUGAUGGCCAACGUCGUCGAGACGGUUCCCUGCGGGUUACGGCCGGGCCGUGCCGGCACCUUAUCUUGCGGCGAACGGUACAAAAUCGUAUUCUUCUGCCUGGACACGGCGUGUGUGAUGAUCUUCACAGCAGAAUAUCUGCUUCGGUUAUUCGCCGCACCGUGCCGGUGUAAAUUCAUGCGCAGCGUCAUGAGCAUCAUCGAUGUGGUCGCCAUCCUGCCGUACUACAUCGGUCUCGGAAUCACCGACAACGACGAUGUGUCCGGUGCGUUCGUAACGUUGCGAGUGUUCCGGGUGUUCCGAAUCUUCAAGUUUUCGCGCCACUCGCAGGGUCUGCGGAUUCUCGGCUACACGCUCAAGUCGUGCGCCUCCGAGCUGGGCUUCCUGGUGUUUUCGCUGGCGAUGGCCAUCAUCAUCUUCGCCACGGUCAUGUUCUACGCCGAGAAGAACGUGGACGGCACGAACUUCACCUCCAUUCCGGCGGCGUUUUGGUAUACUAUUGUCACGAUGACAACGUUAGGUUACGGUGAUAUGGUGCCAGAGACAAUAGCCGGUAAGAUCGUGGGAGGUGUCUGUUCCCUGAGCGGUGUGUUGGUCAUCGCGCUACCCGUACCUGUAAUCGUGUCCAACUUCAGCCGCAUCUACCACCAGAACCAGCGGGCGGACAAGCGGAAAGCACAGCGGAAAGCACGUCUCGCACGAAUACGAAUAGCGAAAGCGGGCGCUAGUGCAGCGUUCGCGAGCAAGAAGAAGGCUGCCGAAUCGCGGCUAGCGGCGCAGGAGUCUGGCAUCGAACUGGACGACAACUACAACGAUGAAGACAUCUUCGAGCUACAGCAUCACCAUCUGUUAAGAUGUUUAGAGAAAACUACGGACCGGGAGUUUGUCGAGCUAGAGACGCAGUACAAUGGCCAAACCAAACGGCCCGGAUCGCCGUCACCGAUGGCCAGCCCAUCCCACUCGGCAAACACAACCACCGGGGCUACCGGGCUGCUGCAGUCCUGCUGCGGUCGGUGCUGUUCCCAGCGAUAUCAGAACUACACCUCGGCGAACCAAUGAUGUCAGGAGGACGACAUCCCGCUGCGGGAGAGGAAAAAGUCGUAAUAGAUUCCGGAGGCCACCGAAGACGAUGGAAACCAGUUUGAGUGAGCUCAUCAUCCGAUUAUUAGUCCCAGUCUAGAGGACGGGUUCAUACCCCUCAUGGUCCUAUAUCAACGUCAUCAUCGUCGCUGUCGUCGUCAUCGUCCGUACCUCGAAACCGGAAUGUUUUCUCUCCAGUAGCGAUAACGGCCACUCUAGCACACAUACAAAAACACACACACAGACACAUGAACGCUAUCCAGUGUCGCCAUCAAGCCAGUCAGCCAGUGUGUCCAACUGUGGGUCCCUAACGGUUGUGUGAACCCACCCACCCAAGCCUCACAACACAACAAUGCAUCAGUCGUCAUCAUUACCAAAGUAGAAUAUUAUCAGCGCACCAUACGGUCGUCACAUUCGGGUGCUCAUCGUUCAUCGUUCGCCAGUUCGUCCUGCAACGUCGCAACUUCUUGGCAACAAACACUAAUUUAAUUUAGCAUUAAUUAACAAAUUAUAGAUGUACAGUGUUAUUCUUCCACCCACCCUUGAAUGGGGUGAGGAAAGAGGACUUUUGAAAAGUGGAGUACAGAGCCGAACGUUGGAGUUGAGAAUGUAUAAUAAGUAUGAAACAGAUGAACAUUUUUAGGUUUUAGAGAUAACCAACCAACAACGUGGAAAGGUAAACAAAUUUUAGGGUAGCAAUUGAAUUUAACUUAAUGAGAAACAAAGGCAAAAACCUAGUCGAGAUACAGUUACCACGUAGCAAAACGAAUACUACUAGAACUAUUACUACUGUUACUCUUUACUGCUACUAUCCCUAACUACGAUUCCUGAUUAUUAUUUUUUUCGUGGAAAGGAUCCAUUAAGCGAAUGAAAGAGAAUAUUGAUACCAAACGAGAAAACCCAGCUUUAAUAAACUCGACUAUUUUAUUUUA